UCUGCACUCAAAGUGCACAUGCGCAGCUGUCACCUGUCAUCGUCAAAGUCACGUUUGUAAUCGCGAUACAUCCAUAUUAUAAUUUUCGCGUCUAAAAUGCGAAAUAGACGUAUUUAAUCAAGAUUCGGAGGAAGAGAAGAAAAUUGUAAGAAAGCAAAGACGGCGAAUCUGUUAUCCUAAUAAUAAGUAAUAAGAUUCAUGCAGUGCGUUGUUAAUUUUGCAUUCUGCUCGAACAAUGGAUAAUAAUGCGACUGACAAAUCGGGGAGACUUCAGUCCAACGAAGAGGUCAUCGAGGAACUUACCCGAGAUCUCGAAAGUUCCUGCAUCAACGCGAACGAGAGUACAAAAUCGAGAAACGUAGAGAGUGAUUCCUGGGAUAUCCUGGAUAAGGAGCACAACGAAGGUGAGGAUGAUGAUGCACAAAAUACAGAUCCUUCAGAGGAUGUGGACGAGGAUCUUCUCAAAGACAGAGAUUUAUUACUUACGGAGGCUGAACAGGAGUCAAUGAAAUGCGAGGCGGAAAAUUUAAAACAGACAGGGAAUGAUUUUUUCAAAAAUGGUGAAUACGUACAAGCAACAUCUCAAUAUACGCAAGCAUUGCGAAUUUGUCCUUUAGCGUACAGUAAAGAAAGGUCUAUAUUGUAUGCUAACAGAGCAGCAGCAAAAGCAAAAUGUCAGACGGAGAAGGAUUCUGCGAUAUCUGAUUGUACGAAAGCCAUUGAAUUAAAUUCCAAUUAUGUAAAGGCUUAUGUUAGGAGAGCACAAUUGUACGAAGAGACAGAUAAAUUAGAUGAAGCGUUAGAAGAUUUCAAGAAAAUAUUAACAUUUGAUCCCAAUCACACGGAGGCUAAUCAUGCUAUAAGGAGGUUACCUCCAUUGAUUAAUGAAAGAAAUGAAAAAUUAAAAACAGAAAUGUUGGGGAAGCUUAAAGAUUUAGGUAAUAUGGUAUUAAAACCGUUUGGCCUUUCUACAAAUAACUUUGAGCUGCAGCAAGAUCCCAACAGUGGUGGUUAUUCCGUAAAGUUUCAUCAGAACCCUAUGUAACAAGCUAGUUAUAUAUUUCUUAUUUAUAAGGAUUAUGGAUAAAAUGUCUCACUUAUCCAUAAGAACUAAGAUAUAUUUAUAUAUACUAUAAUCCUAUUGGGGAUUUUAUCUCCCUAAAAAGAGACCCACGUAAUAAAAUAUAGAUAUUAAUAAAAUAUUCUUGCGAUAUAAGAUCAAGAUUAUGCAAACUGGGUGGGAAAACAUUCCGUUGGAUUUUAUAGAUUAAAAUUAUCAAUGACAAAACUA